AUGGCUUCCCCUCCUCAGCCCGCGGUGAAUCCUUCCGAGGAGCCCGAAGUCGCAAAUUACCAGAAGCGACUGGAUCGCGCCCUGGCGAAUGGCGAGACGGUCUUAUCCAUCUUCGAGGCUCUCACGGAGGGCGUCUUCAUCUGCGAACCUCUGAAAGGAUCCGUCAAGGUCGCAAGGGAGCUCAUCAAGAUGGUGCAGAAAGUCCGCAAAAACCGAGAGGACUGCGAAGAGUUGGCCGGCCGUGUAUUCAAGCUCACCGGCACCAUGCUCGGGAUCCUCGACGGUAAACGGGACGAGGACGUGCCUGCAGACCUGAAGAAGUGUCUAGAUUCGGUCCACGAUACAUUGACGAAGAUAAAGAAAGGCCUAGAACCGCUCAAACUGUCGAGGCGAUUCUCACUUAGAGCUUGGUUCCGGGCUCUCCGAAGGAGGGAGUAUAUAGCGGAUACGAUUUCGGGCUAUAACACCAAGAUCGAUAGAUGCCUCCAAGAAUUCACGGCUGUCGUCACCAGCCAGGUCCGCUUAGGGUUGAUGACAUUGAACGCUGCGGUUGGCGUCAUGUACUCUCGAUUGGACGAUGUUUGCUCCAAAGCGACGGACAUAGGCUUGGGCGUGAAGAAAGUUCACUCUGACGUGAAGGAUAUCCGUUCCGUCUUGACGGAGAUAUACACGGAAGUGAUUCGGAUCGACUCCGUCGUGCAGAAGCACUUGGCCCCACUGGUAGAGGGUACUUCGAGUGGUGCGAAGGCCGGUGUCUCUGCGGACGAAAGUCUCCAAUUCGUUCCUGCCCCUCCCCGCUUGUAUGGACGAGAUGUCAUCGUGAAGGAUGUAGUCGGCAGAGUCUGCGCCGCGGAACAGCACCAUAUAGCUAUCUUAGGCACAGGAGGGAUCGGCAAGACCUCCGUGGCGCUUCGCGUCAUUGACGAUUCGGCUGUCAAGGGCCAGAACGACUGCUACUUCAUCCCUUGCGACACAGUCGUCACUGAUGCAUCCCUCGUCGCCACUGUUAUCCGGGCCGUGGACCGUAGCUCGUCGGUGAACGGGGAUCCCAUGGAGCACCUCAAAACGAAAUUGAGGGCAGCGAGCCGUCCCGUCGUGCUUGUUCUCGAUAACUUCGAGAGUCCUUGGGACUCGGACACUCCUAACAUCAGGCAAAAGCUCACCAACAUACUCAGGACAUUAGCUGGGAUAUCCAAUGUCCAGCUCAUCGUAACUAUGCGCGGAGACGCUCCACCCGCCGACAUGGAUGUCCAGUGGUCUUCUAUGCGCCUCGACCCUUUAGGUCACAUACCAGCUCGCGAGUUCUUCCUUUCCAUGAAACCAGACACGCCGCAGAAUGAAUAUCGAGACCUCGAUCUGCUCCUUCAGAAAUGCGAUGGUCUUCCUCUCGCGAUCAAACUCCUCGCCCAGCUCAAGCCAUCGUCGACCUGCAGUCACCUAUUGCAGCGAUGGGAAAAACGCAAAACUACGCUAUUACAGACGGACCACAUAUCUCCAUCGCGCGAGACUAGUUUGCGUGUCUCGAUAUCAAUGUCGCUGCAGUCCGCACCGAUGCGCCUCGUUAAGGAAGCGAUCCCGUUGCUCGCCGUGAUAUGUCGCCUGCCCGACGGUGUCCUUGGUGGAGCCGAGCAGCUCGAGAAGAUGGACCUGGGCUUCGACGACGUCGACGUGGCUUUGGCGACCGUCCUCGGAUCUGGUCUUGCCUUCAAGGCUGAGGACCAGGGCAUCAAGGUGCUUGCUCCCAUCCGCGAGCACGUCAAUAAGCACGAUGUCGCCACUUCGCCGCAACCUCUUCUUCCCCCGUGCCAACGCGAAGCACUGCUGCGAUAUUACGUUCAGCUGGUCGAAAAGCAUGCUGGUAAGAAACUCGGAGAUGCCGACUUCCAGUCAGCGUACAAAACCCUACUCCCGGAAACGGGUAAUAUUAUCUCCCUGUUCAAUUGGGAGCUCGACCGUCUAAUAGACACGAUGCCGGGUGUCGCGCAAGCAGCAUUCUUGUUCACCCGCUUCCAGCGCCACCUGCGACCCUCGACUGAACUUAUCUCUCAAUUACUUGAUAACUGGGAUCUUUACGCGAUAGGUAUAGCUCGCGCUGAAGGUCUGACCGCCAGGGGGGAGCUCUUGUACAGAACGGACUACUACCAAUUAGCAAUGGAGGACCUUGAGAAUGCUUGUGAAGAGUGCAGUCGUUCCGACAACAGGCAACAGCUAGCAGAUGCGUUGCGUCGAAUGGGCGAUAUUCAAAUGAUGUGGAACGCGUACCCCCAGGCGAUAGAGAAGCUCACCCGGGCCCACGACGUGUACUCCGAGAUCGGACACCGAACGGGCGUGGCGGGUAGCCUGGAAAGCUUGGGCGACGUCCAUCGCAUGCAGGACGAGUAUCCCCAGGCGAUAGAGAAGCUCACACGGGCCCACGACGUGUACUCCGAGAUCGGACACCGAACGGGCGUAGCGGGUUGCCUGAAAAGCUUGGGCGACGUCCAUCGCAUGCAGGACGAGUAUCCCCAGGCGAUAGAGAAGCUCACCCGGGCCCACGACGUGUACUCCGAGAUCGGAGACCGAUUGGGCGUGGCGAAUUGCCUCUCAAGCUUGGGCGACAUCCAUUACAUGCAGGACGAGUACCCACAGGCGAUAGAGAAGCUCACCCGGGCCCACGACGUGUCCUCCGAGAUCGGAGACCGACUGGGCGUGGCGGGUUGCCUGAAAAGCUUGUGCAACAUCCAUUGCAUGCAGGCCGAGUACCCCCAGGCGAUAGAGAAGCUCACCCGGGCCCUCGACGUGUACUCCGAGAUCGGAUCCCGACUGGGCGUGGCGGGUUGCCUGAAAAGCUUGGGCAACAUCCAUCACAUGCAGGCCGAGUACCCCCAGGCGAUAGAGAAGCUCACACGGGCCCACGACGUGUACUUCGAGAUCGGAGACCGACAGGGCGUGGCGGGUUGCCUGGAAAGCUUGGGCGACGUCCAUCGCAUGCAGAACGAGUACCCCCAGGCGAUAGAGAAGCUCACACGGGCCCACGACGUGUACUCCGAGAUCGGACACCGAACGGGCGUAGCGGGUUGCCUGAAAAGCUUGGGCGACGUCCAUCGCAUGCAGAACGAGUACCCCCAGGCGAUAGAGAAGCUCACACGGGCCCACGACGUGUACUCCGAGAUCGGAGACCGAUUGGGCGUGGCGGGUUGCCUGAAAAGCUUGGGCAACAUCCAUCGCAUGCAGGGCGAGUAUCCCCAGGCGAUAGAGAAGCUCACACGGGCCCACGACGUGUACUCCGAGAUCGGAUCCCGACUGGGCGUAGCGAAUUGCCUGGAAAGCUUGGGCGACGUCCAUCGCAUGCAGCACGAGUACCCCCAGGCGAUAGAGAAGCUCACACGGGCCCACGACGUGUACUCCGAGAUCGGAGACCGACUUGGUGUUACAGGCUCUCUGCAGAGCUUAGCUGAUAUUGAUCGUGUCCAAGAGCGGUAUGAUCAAGCCGCGGAGAAGCUAGGGCGCGCUCUCGACCAUGCUUCAAGCAUCGGGGAUCGCUAUAGGAUCGCCUGGUGUCACAUUCACAUGGGCUUACUCGAUCGCGACCAGCGUCGUUAUGCCGAGGCUGUUGAGCAUAUCACGACCGCUCGGGCAAUGCUCACGGAGAUUGGACACGAGGGCCAGGCGGAUGACUGUUCCCGUCUCCUUCGUAAGAUUCACGAGCUCAUGAUCUCGCAGGAUGAAGGUGGCGAAGGUUCCGCGUUAGCCUCCGACGCGCGCGACGCGACGACGAAUUAG